GUAACCAGACUUGCAGAACAACUAAAUAAAGCCGACUCACUUCAGGAAGAAAUUAAUACUUGUUUAAAUGGUGUUGAGGCUCGUCAACAAGAGCUUGAAAAAGUUUUGACAGAGUAUGAAGAAAAAUUUGGUGAUCCUAGUUUGGAGGCAAUGAACCCAUUAGAUAAAGAAAGAGAAAAAACUUACGAAUUAGCAGAAUCUAUUAAUCAAGAGCUUGAUAAUAUGAGUCAGAUUUUGUCUGCUAUGAUCACCGAUAUGAAUCCCAACCAGCUUAGUGCACGUGUUCAAGAAGCUCAAUCCUUCCUAGAUCACGCAUCAAGUAAAACACAAGAAAUAAGAUCGGAUCGAUCCUAA